ACGUUACUAGCCAGCUACCGUAGCUGAUGUUCAGUAUUCGUCACCUCCGCUCGCGAGGAGCGCUGUUUGCGUCCAGCAGCAGGAAUCACAUGAUCCAUCCAAACGUCUGCUGCGAGUAAAAACCUCUUAUACUCUCUAUGGUAAAAGCUACAGAUACAGUCCAAGGACAAUGAAGCUGAUCAUUCUCAAUGACUACGACCAGGCGAGCGAGUGGGCUGCAAAGUACAUUAGAAACAAGGUGUUACUGUUCAGACCUGGCCCAGACAGAUAUUUCACCCUGGGGCUUCCCACAGGGAGCACCCCGCUGGGUUGUUACAAGAAACUCAUUGAGUACUACAAGAAGGGACAAAUCUCAUUCCAGUAUGUUAAAACUUUCAACAUGGAUGAAUAUGUAGGACUUCCCAGAGAUCACCCUGAGAGCUACCACUCCUUCAUGUGGAAUAACUUCUUCAAGCACAUAGACAUAAAAGCAGAGAACACCCACAUCCUGGAUGGCAACGCUGCUGACCUGCAGGCAGAGUGCGCAGCCUUUGAGGAAAAGAUAACAGCUGCCGGGGGGAUCGAGCUCUUCGUCGGAGGUAUUGGACCAGAUGGCCACAUUGCCUUCAAUGAGCCUGGUUCAAGUCUAGUUUCAAGGACUAGGGUGAAGACCCUGGCAAAGGACACUAUCAUGGCUAAUGCCCGAUUCUUUGAUGGGGAUCUCUCCAAGGUGCCCACCAUGGCACUGACUGUGGGAGUGGGCACUGUCAUGGACGCAAAAGAGGUCAUGAUUCUCAUUACCGGAGCACACAAGGCAUUUGCUUUAUACAAAGCUAUAGAGGACGGUGUGAAUCACAUGUGGACAGUGUCUGCGUUCCAGCAGCACCCGCAGACUGUUUUUGUAUGUGAUGAAGACGCCACCCUUGAACUGAGAGUCAAAACUGUGAAGUACUUCAAAGGGAUGAUGCAUGUGCACAACAAGCUGGUGGAGCCACCUCCCUCAGUGCCAAAGAAGAACUGAAGAUAUCUUGUCUAUACUUUGGAUUAAUGAAGUAUUUUUCAAAAUGUAUCACUCCAAUGAUUCCUUUAUCUUCCCGUGGAGAUAUAUCAAGCAGUGCUUGGGGUAAACCUCACCCAUGUAAAAAAAAA